CUACCCGCUUUUUUCUUGAUUCGUGUUUCAAACAGUCGAUUGUUGAACUUCAGAACGCGAUUAGGUUUCUGUUCUAUAAAUUGCUUGUUGCGAGUUAAAAAACAAAAAAAAUAAAAAAAAAAAAACAUGCUGACUGAUAAAUUAAUUAAAAUUCGUUUUUGGAUUCUAGAAGUGUUAUUGUUAAUUGUAUUCCCUGUGAUAGUAUUUUUGGGUGCAAUAAGUGUUAUCUAUAAAAAGAUUUUUACAAAGCCAAAGAGUAUCAAUGGUGAAGUUGCAUUGAUUACUGGAAGUGCUAAUGGUCUUGGCAAACAAAUAGGUAUUGGACUGGCUAAGAAAGGAUGUCAUAUAGCUGUUGCUGAUAUUAAUAUAGAAGCUGCAGAAAAAACAUCUACAGAACUUUCAAAUACUUACAAAAUUAAAUCUAAAGCAUUCAAAGUUGAUGUAACACAAUAUGAAAAUAUUGCCAAACUUGCCAAAGAAGUUGAGAAACAAUUGGGUCCUGUAACAAUUCUAGUCAACAAUGCUGGCAUAAUGACAUUUAAAAAAUAUAUCAAACCAACACCAGAAGAAAUUCAAAAUAUGAUCAACACUAACCUUACUUCUCACGUUUAUACUAUUCGUUUAUUCUUGGAAAGAAUGAGAGAACUUGGAAAAGGUCAUAUUGUUGCUAUUUGUUCGAUAGCAGGUCUUAUGCCUUGUCAUAGACAACUUGAAUAUACAGCAUCGAAAUUUGGAGUUCGUGGUCUUAUGAAAGUUCUUCGAACAGAACUUUAUGCAUUAAACGCUGAUUUUAUCCAAACAACAACAGUUUGUCCAUAUUUUUUGAAAACAAAUUCUAUAGUUGAUGAAUUAUUUCACAAAAUUGGAGGGUCUGACUUGUAUCCGAGUAUAUCUGGUGAAGAAGCCGCUGAAGCUAUUGUCGAAGGAAUUGUUAGAAAUGAAAUGGAAAUUCUUAUUCCAUCAAUAACUGCCCUCAAUUAUCGACUUUUUGAACUCCUACCUGCCAGUUGGAAUGCAAAGCUUUUUAAUAGCAUGACAUCUCGUGAAGUGCUUAAAGAUUUGGACAACAGCUAAUUUAAAAAUUAAACUUGUUUAAAAAAAUUAGUUCUUUUUUUAAUAAUGUAGUGAUAAAAUGAAGUUACAUAAAAAAUGAUUAAAAGUAAACACGAUAGUUAUAAAUAAAUUGGUACCUUAACCAUGACUCAUA